AGCGAGCCAGUGACCGACACGGACAAGAACAAGAUGGUCGCCGGCUGUGUCAUCACCGACGAGUGCGCCCUGGCGGUGUCGACGGAGCGGAUGUGGAAGGUGGUCUUCUCCGGCGAGGACACGGCCGCCCUGCCCAAGGCCUGCGCGGGCUUCAUCGACGCCGUGGACGUCGAGGGCGACGGCGGACCCGGCAGCGUCUCCACCAUGACGCUCAGCCCGGCGGCAGCGGAGCUCGCGGGCUCGGGCCUGAUGAGGACCCGCCUGGUGGCGCGCGACAACGUGGCCCGCGUGAUUAAGACGGAGGUGCUAGACUCCUAUUGUCUUACAGGCAGCAAGGUGAGCGGCCAGCUCAAGUCGUCGCAGGUGGCCGAGGUGAAGCUCGAGGUGGCCGGGGAGGGUGCUUGCGUGGCGAAGCUCAGGGUGGAGUACGAGAGGCUCGACGGCAGCGGGGCGCUGUCGGCGGAGGACCAGGCGGCGCUCGUCGCGGGGUACCUCGACCUGCUCAAGAUGGUCGAGGCUUACCUCGUCGCGCACCCUGCCGAGUACGCCUAACUAAACCAGCACUAGAAACAUCAGAAAUAAAUUAAUCUGCCCUUAUAAGACAGAAGAAUAAAUCUACUGUCACGGUGAGUGCAUGUCUCUAUUUUGAUGAAAUCAUAUGUGAAAGAUAAAUCUACCAUUACGGCGAGUAUAUACCGGUGUUGUCUGCUUCAUGAUCGACUUCGUGAGAAGAA